AUGAAGACCAUUUGCAACACGCUUCUCGUUGCGGCAUUAGCCGUUGCAGCCGUUUCGGCCGAUACCCCUGUGUCUGUUUGCAGAGAUGCGACCUACACACUCGCCGACUCUCGCGGCGCCAUUUGCUCCGGAUCCGGUAGCGUUCCUGCCGGUACCGCUUGCCCGCUUAAGGGUGACACGACGACGACCGACUGCCACUAUUACCUCAAGUCGUAUGACAAUCUUAAGUGCAUGGCCCAAGAGGACGCUCAAUGCGUCAUUGUGGGUGGCAACACCUGGGGCUGUGUCUUCCCGUCCGUUGGUUGCAUCGGCACCAACACCGCCUCUCCGUGUCCCACGGGCUGGGGCACAGACACGCCGGGGUCGUCGUCUAUGAACGCGUCCUAUAGUAAGAUGACGCCAAUGGCGCCUGGACAAUCGGCCACGACGCCUGGACAAUCGCCUAUGACGUCAGGUCAAUUGGAUCCGUCAUCGCCGAUGAUGUCGGGUCCGUCGUCUGUGAACGCGUCCCAUGGUGAGAUGAUGCCAACGACGCCGACGAUGCCUGGUAAAAUAACGCCAACGACGCCGGUGAUGCCUGAUGGAAAGGCACCGACGACGCCUGAUGUAGAGACACCGCCAUCGCCUGAUGGAAAGGCACCGACGACGCCUGAUGUAGAGACACCGCCAUCGCCUGAUGGAAAGGCACCGACGACGCCUGAUGUAGAGACACCGCCAUCGCCUGAUGGAAAGGCACCGACAACGCCUGAUGUAGAGACACCGCCAUCGCCUGAUGGAAAGGCACCGACGACGCCUGAUGUAGAGACACCGCCAUCGCCUGAUGGAAAGGCACCGACGACGCCUGAUGUAGAGACACCGCCAUCGCCUGAUGGAAAGGCACCGCCAUCGCCUGAUGUAGAGACACCGCCAUCGCCUGGUGGAAAGACACCGCCAUCGCCUGAUGAUAAGACACCGACAACACCGAUGUCGCCGCCAAUGUUGCCUACUGAAAAGAAGCCUACGUCACUGAUGACGCCAAUGAUGCCUAGUGAAAAGAAUCCGAUGCUACCGACGACGCCUGUUCAAAUGCCAGGCUCAAUCCCUGCUACUAAUGCACCCGGAUCCGGCAAUCCGUCGUCGGACGCGACACCUGUUGUUGCGCUACCCGGUACUCCCGAGACGGACGGUAAGCCUGUGACUCCCGUGCCGACCCCGUGCCCCCCUUUGACACGCGCAUAG